AGGGUUUCCAAUGAGUCGAUGUUGGCUGCUCAAGAACAAGUGAAGAGUAACCCUGCAUAUGCUGUGAAUGGAGAGUGUGUUAUAACAGAUGCAAGGCAUGAUUCCAGUCAAUCAGCAGCACACACAACAGUGUCAGCCCUUUCUUUCUCGACCAAAAAGGUGUUAGCAGUUGUCAACUGGAGUAAGGCCAAUGAAACUUCAGCAGUAAGCCGUGAGGUCCCUAUGACAAAAGAGCUGUUGACUUAUCUCUGUGAGACACAAGGUGCAAAGUCUGUGACUAAAGCAAUGAAGAAAGUUGCCUCAGGACCACAGAGGGAUGAGGGCUCAAAGUGGUUUUUUGAAUUGUCCGACAAAGUGAAAAGUACAAGGACUCAUGUGUACUUCUGCAUGAAGAACAGUCCACCCACUGAAGAAGAAUUUCAGGGUACACUGUUGAAUGUAGUUGACCAUUACCAGGGUCAUCAUGUCAGAUGCCAUGCACCUCAUAAUGCUGCAUUUGUUCCUGAGACCAGAUCCCUACCAAAGCCCCUAACAGAGCUAUUCAAUGAUAAGAAUUUGGAGAAUGACUUUCAGGAUUUGCUCCAAAAGUCAAAAAAGACAUCUGAUGAGCUAGCACUAAGUGCAGAAGAAGCAGAAAACAUAAAAGAAUUGAUGAGAGGCCAGUCCAACAGUAAAGUCUAG